CACAAACUAAACAUGGCCUCCGUUAAAACUACAAAUUCUAGAAUGUCUGUGUUCUCUGUGUAUAUAGCGUCAUUUUCAGAGCAAGGAGUCAAAUCCUUUACUAUAUUUCUUACCAUCUUGAUCAUGUGCCUGUGUCAGUGCGUUGAAUCUCAACGCUCGUCGCCUUGUCAUAGAAAAUGUUCAUACGUUGAAGCUUUUCAGCAGGCCAACUGUGAGUACAGGUCAUUGGACACUAUACCCAUCGAAUGCAAUGCUGCUUCGUACUUGUCUCUCCGUUACAAUCACAUCACCGUAAUCGAACCUGAGAUUUUCAGAGGCUUUCCAUUCCUGAAGUACCUUUUGUUGUCUAACAACAACAUAUCACACAUCGAAGCAAAUACAUUUAUUGGGGCACCUCAACUCAAGUCAAUCAAGCUUCUCUACAACAAUCUACAAAUAUUCGAUGGAUAUGCGCUGAAUGGAACAGAAAAUAGUCUCCGACACAUCUACCUGAGAAGGAAUUCCCUACGAGUCAUAGAAAACGGGACCUUUCAACUCGUGCCGAAGCUUGAGGUUAUCGACCUCUACCAGAAUCACCUAUCUCAACUGACUUCAGGGGUCUUCCAAGAAUUAAAGAACCUCGAACGUCUUUUCCUCGGCAUGAACAAACUCCUUGAUCUUCCUGAAGAUAUCUUCAAAGACCUAUCGUCGUUAGUUUACCUAGACCUGUCCAACAAUUCUCUCUCAUCCCUUACCAUUGAUCUCUUUGUGCAUAUGGAUCAUCUGAUGACCAUUGAUCUCUCUGGAAACAGAUUGGUUGCUAUUGGCAAUGUUCUUAAUCUUCCAAACAUUCGUCUGGACUUACGUUGGAAUAGUCUACUUCGACUUGACAAUGUGACUUUGGAAAUCUUGACAAACAAUGUUGAAAUUCUGUUUCUGGAAGGCAACCCUUGGGAUUGCAUCUGUGGCCUGGAGCCAUUGCGCCAGUGGUAUCAACAACUCUCCAUAACCAACGAUGAGGACGUCAAGAUUGAUAAUCCAAUAUGUUCAAAUCCAAAUGAACUAGCAAAUCACAAUAUAAGUUCUUUGAACUUUUCUCUUUGCGAGGAGAUAGUAGCUAAAAGUAUGGAAACUUCUACGUUGAACGUCAUCCAUGAUGACGGUCAGAAUAGAAACAUCCUAAUGGCUGCUGAUCAGAUGUUUUAA